AUGAUUAUAUUCGAGGAGCCAGCUACGGCUCUAUUGGCUUUGGAUGAUGCUCAAACACAUCAAGAGCCUGCUACGGCUCUAUUACCUUUGGAUGAUGCUCAAAAACCCAAAAAGACCCCUAAACCCUAUGGCGGCAAGGUGAUUGUACUCUGGGACCUGGACAACAAACGACCAAUUGAAGCUCUUAAUCCGUACGAAGCAGCACAAAACAUUCGUGCAUUUGCCUCCCGCAUCGGCAAGGUAGUCGGCAUCGCCGCCUUCGCCAACAAAGAUGGGUUAUCCUUCGUGCCGCCCGAAGUCAGAGAUUCACGCAAAGACUUGGAGGAAUACUACACACUGGAACAGGAAAUGUUCAAGCGGCAUAAAAUCAAACCCGAAACGCCCUAUGUAUGUGGUGUGUGCGGUAAUAAAAAGAAAACUCAGAAGGAAUUGGUCAAACAUUUUGAGACGCUGCAUAUAAGAGAGAGGCAAAAGAAGAUGAAUAGAGUAAAUCAAUUUAAGGGUGCAAAGCGGAAGAAGCUUUUGGAUAAGAUGUUACCCCGGAAGAAAACUAUAAAGUAUAUAGAGGCAGCUGUGGGGGUCAUCGAGCCCGCCGACAGGUAUAAACUCCAUAGCGAGCUUAAACGCGCGGGGGUCAUAGUAAAUCAAGUGGCAUCGGUUCGGCAGGCUGCGGAUAAAGCGUUGAUGGGGUCUAUGAUAGAGAAUGCCUCGCUGAAAAGGGGUGUAGGGACGAUUGUGGUGGGGAAUAGGACGAAGGGAAGAAAGAAGAAACUGGCAAGAGCGGCGUGUGCGUGGUUGCCAUGGGAUAUGCUUGAAACGGGGCGUAUAGAUAAGGAUGUUGUUGAAGGGGCAUUUGCACAAGCUGAGAUGAGAAAGAAAAAAGCGAAAAGGAUAGGGCAAAUGAGGCAGAUUUUUGGUUUGCCUGAGCUAGAUGUGGAUGGGGAUGGUGCAUCAUAUUCAGGCAUAUCUUCCUUUGAUGAAGACAUCGAUGACCAUGAGGAUAUUCUUGACGAGGAUGGUAAUUUUGACGAGAAGAAUAUAUUUGACGAGGAGGAUAUGUGUGAUGACGAUCUUAUUGGCCUAGACGAUAUUUUGACAAGGAAAAAAUGCUGA